UGGGGCAUCGUCAUCUUCAGUGUAUAUCACGAGCUUCGCCAGAAGCAAGUCCACGCAGAACCGCGACGAGGGCGAUGUCCCAACCGACAGGUAAAGGCGCACUUGGAGGGCGUCAGGAUGAUGAGGAAGCACGCCCCGGAGGAAAGCAAGAACUGGAGACGCUGGCGAGUUUACCGCGUGAGGCCAGCGCAGCCUCGAGUCAAGGCCCGCACUCAGAGGAUGCCCCAUUGCACGGUGAAGCGCCGGCGGACGACCUUGAAACCAGAAAAAUCCCUGAUGGCAGCCAUUCUAUCCUCAACGGCAUCCUCAACGGUGGCAGCGACGAUGAAAAGGAACGGCGCGCUCCCGGAGACCAGUGCGGCGGUUCACCCGCGGACGUAACGCCGCCGUCGAAUCGCACUCGCCGUGCGCCGACGGCUUCCGAGGACUCUCCGGCCGCCGUCAGUCGCGCGAAGGCUAGCGGUCCUCUUCCGAGCAGCGAAGUUCACGUCGAACCACGGGCUCCUUGCUCGGGCGGCUCGAAAGAGCAGACAGCCGAGCAAACGAGCGUGGCGCCACCCUCGAGAGAAGAUACCACGCCGUUCCAACGGGUGAGCCAGCGCAUUCCCGACGGGACGAGGCAGGCCACCGCCGACGCUCAUCAGCGCCGCGACUGGACGCCGUUUGCUUCGGGCGACGACGUGACGCGAGCGCUUCCCACAUCCUGCCUCGCAACGGCCUCGGUGUCUCCGGAACCGAACGAAGAACCGGCGCCGCUGGAGAGCGCCGCCGAGUGCGAGUGGUGGUACACAGCGGCCGCCAGCGCCGCGUCGACGCCAGGGGUGUUGGCGCCGCAUGCUGCGCUCCAGACUCGCGAGGGCCGGUCCGGGGCUUCGCCCACCCCGGAUCGACACAAGACGUCGGCAGAGGCGUUUUCCGAAGAGCGCCUGACGUCGUCGCUACAUUCGACGCCGCCCGCGCAGACUCCUGCGGUCCCCGCAGCUCAGGUCGGCUCGAGUCUGGCCACGAUGUACUCAGCCACGACGCCUAGCACUCGCCCCGAAAAAGGAUUCGGUGUCUCGAGUGCCACCGCACCAGUUCUUCGGACACAAGCGGAACUGUCACCGUCCGCUGCCGGAAGCAAGGCGGACACGUCUAUCGUAAAUUGGUCGGACAGCAAGCACGGCCAGCAGGGGAAGUUCCACACCGCAACCGAAAGCGCCUGGACCAGGCAGAAGCUGACAGUGCGAUUUGGGACCACCACGGUGCGCGAGUUCACGCAGCUGACCCUGUCGUGGUUCUACAACCGGCCGCAGAUGUGCGGCGUCCUCUGUGGAACGUGCAUGCUCUUCGUCCCGCUGCUCACCGUGCUGAUCAUCCUGUGGACGCGCCGCAACCCGCGCACCCAGCUCGAGUACUGUACCAGCGCAGCGUGUACCGAGGCCCUGAAUUCGCUGCGCACUCUGGUGGACGACACGGUGGACCCGUGCCACGACUUUCACGCGCACGUGUGCCGCCGGUGGGACUCCGUGACCGGAGGCCGCACCGGCUACGUCGACGAGAGCGUCCAGCGCACAGCAGAGCGCGUCAAUCGCGCCCUUCUCAGCAUCGCGUCGCGUCAAACGCUGCCCCGCGAAACGCGUCUCGUGGCCCGACUCUACCAGCUCUGCUCGUCGUUUAUGGUCGAACCGGACCGAGAUGUUCAGCGCGCCGAAAUGCUGCGGCAUUUUUCCGGCUUCUACGGCGAUCUGCUCAAAAUCCGGCACUACUCGGACGUCCUGCUACACCUCGUCAACUUGUCACUCGCUCAGGGCAUUCACACGGUGUUCGGUGUGAAGCUGGUACGUACCGGCGUUGUGCCUUGUGUGAUUGUGUUUCCUGGGAAGACGUUACAGCAAAAAGCUCGUCCGUCGUCGUUGGCCCCUUUCGAUCAGUACCUAAAGACGUUCGUUGCAGACGUGGCCGAAAGCACCGGCAGUGUUCCCGGGGCUUUCGACCUGGACGACUUGAUGAAGCUGGAGAAGGGGGUCGAGCGAAUCCUGAACAACGAAAGCAACUCACACGGGCGUCGACAACUGGGCGCAGCGAUGCUGACGGCACUGCACGACGCGCUCAGCUCCGAGGACUGGCUAGCGGCCCUUAACGCUCACCUUCCAAAGAGCCAGCAGUUAACCGACGACUCUAACUUCACAGUUGACGCUUUCGCUUCUGUUCGAAAUGUUUUGCGGCUGUUCGGCAAGCAACUGCCCGACCACGGCGUGGCCUACCUGUACCUGAACGUGCUUCUGGACGGGUUCCGCUUCGACUACCUGCGCACUGUGCAUAACAAGAGCGGCAUGGACAUCCUACAUGCCUGCUUGCAGGCGAGCGCGGAAGCUGUCUGGUACACGAGGGACGUCGUCGCCGACCUCAUCUACGGCGGUCCCGAUGGCGGCGGCGCGGUAACCGCCGACCUUUUCGGCCGGCUCCGCGAGGCCAUUUCGCCCGCCAGUGGAUCUUUUCGCUGGAUGGGGAACGCCAUGCAACGCCGCGUCGAACGAACGCUGUCUACCAUCUCACUGCGCAUGCACGACUGGAGCGAUUCGAAUGCUACGUUUGCAACCACGAGCGACCUUGGCGACACUCUUCUGGCCGGAAUGACACCCACGGUGUUCCCGGCGAUGUACAUGCGCUUGCGAAAGGAGCAGCAGCAGGGGUUUCUUUCUAACAGUGACGCGAAACGCGCGGCCGACGGUGAUCUGCACUUCUUCGCGAACGGCGCGGAGUUCGAUGCCGAGGCCAAUGUCCUGAUCGUGCCCGCAUCGCUCCGCGUAGAGCCACUGCUGUACCCGGAGGACGUUCCGCCCGAGUUCACAGCGGGGACCCUCGGCGUCCUGAUGGCCAAGGAAGUGCAUCGUGCGGUCGUUUUGGAUAACACCGCCGACGACUGGAGCAACCAAGAACGCAGAGCGAUGGCGAGGUUCGAGCAGUGCGCCCGGGUCCUCGCCUCGACGUUGAACGUGUCGCUGGCGGUGCGAGACGUAAGCGCGCAGGGCGGGGAGCCUUCGCCCUAUGUUUUGUGGAUGAUGGCCGCCACAACGGCUCUCGAGGCGCUUAGGCUCGCGUCACGGAGCUUUCGAGGAGCCUCGAACGUGGCCCAUCACUGGAAGCCGGCGCAGCGGACGUUCUUCAGGCGCCUCUGCCUUCUGACGUGCGGGGCCCCUGAAGCACCGGAGGAUGCCGCGGAAGAAGCGCUGUCGUCCAGGCUUCUCUGUCUCCUGCCUACUGCGAACAUGCCGCAGUUCGCAGAGGCUUUCGAUUGCACCGCAAACUACGAGGAGGCAUUUUGCGUCUUUGAGUGACGUUGCCGUGCGGAGAAUUCCGUUUGAGCUUUAUUCGCACGCAAGUCUUCUUUCUUCGAUGUUUUUUUUUUGUGUGUCUAAUGUUUUCCAGCAAUGGCUGACUGUUAUAAUGGCUUGGGCAAAUAAUUUAUCCAAUAAUCAAUAUUAUUCGUCGUGAA